CCCUUCCCUUCCCUCUCGCCGCCGCCAAGAUGGCGGCGCCCGUGUCGCUGCAGGUGGAGUUCGGGGGUGGUGCAGAACUCUUGUUCGAUGGUGUAAAAAAGCAUCAGGUGACUUUGCCUUCUCAGCCAGAGCCUUGGGAUAUCAGAAACCUGCUAAAGUGGAUCAAACAGAAUCUGCUGAAAGAGCGGCCGGAAUUAUUUAUGCAAGGGGAAUCUGUGAGGCCAGGAAUUUUGGUGCUCAUCAACGACGCAGACUGGGAGCUAAUGGGUGAGCUGGAUUAUAAACUCCAAGACCAGGAUAAUGUGCUUUUCAUCUCGACGUUACAUGGUGGGUGAACUCCUGGAAAAAGACAAGGACGUGAAUCCAACCCCUUGGGCAAACAAACACCUAAACCCACCCAAACCUCUCUCGAACUGUCUGUGCCUGAUCCCUGCAUCAUCCCACCACCUCCACUUGUUAACAGACAUCCAAAUAAAGCCCCGUCAGCACACAGCCUGCUGCGUACUGCUACGGCAUCCAUCUUUUGGUCCUCAUUUCACCUCUCCUGACCACACUUCCAGGUACCUUUACGAGCAGAGAGCACCUGCUGCACGUGCAACAGUGUGUUUCCGUAACAGGAGGGAGAGGUGUGCUGGGUGUUGCAUAGGAUGGUGUAUCUUUGUAGGCAUCCUGGGGCAGUUGUACCUGUCUUGAGGCAAGGCAAAGUGCCUCUGCUUUAGUGCCAGGAGCUGGGAUUCCUUUUGCAAAACAUUUAGUGUCAUGUAGGCUAUUACAGCAGCUACAGAGAUGCCUGGAGAAGGACAAGAUGUGAAGUGCAAGGAAACAGGAGGUGACUUUACUAGCUCUUCUGUGAGCUGGUGGAGGUUACAGCUGCAGGGCCCUCUGUACUGGCUCUCCACUUGUCUUACUGUUUAUCUGUGGGAAGUAGGCAAAUAAGCAUUUUUAGUUCUAUUUGACACCUUAUGCCUCCUGCAUACCUGAGCUGCGGCAGGGUGAAGUACCAGUCCACAAACGUCAAUUUACAACCAUUUGGUUGGAGGGUAAACAAACCCAUGCCUGCUCUAAGACAGCACGGAGAGAUAAGGGCAGCAAAUUAUCUUUCUGUCAACGUGAGGGACAGAAUUGAUCAGCCUUCGUUUCAUUCUGUGCAGGCGUGGAGCAGCAGGGAGCUGUGCUGCUCCCGGAGGGAUGUGGAGCUGGAGGGCGGGUUCACGCCAGCCCUGCUGCUGGGUGGCACCGUGACAGGGCUGCGUGCUCUGCAUGGCCACUCCUGCUGCCAGGCUGGGCAGAGCAGAAGGCCGAGGCCUGAGCACGGGGGAGGCGGGAGGGAAGGCUUCUCUCCUGUGAGUGCAAUGGGGUAUGGUGGCCAGGAUGCCAUACAGAGAGCGCAGGGAAGGGAUCAGAGAGGAUGGUGUCGGCACCAUGGGCCUGCACAGUGCUGCUGUGUUUCCUCCUCGCCCCUUCCUGCUCUCUCUCAGCCCCAUUCACCCAUAUUUCCACGUGGCUCUGGGAACAUACAUGCAGUGGUUCCCAGCUGCAGCAUUGCUGCCGGGGCUAAGGGCUCAGUGGGGCCAUGAGCUGCUCCCUGUGCCCCUCAGAGCUCACCUGCACCGCUGUUGCCUGUCCUCCACCUCCCUGAGCUGCCAAGGAGGGCAGUGAGCAGUGCGGGGCUGCAGCGCCUGCUUGGGCAGCCCGACCCCAUUACUGCUCAUCACUCUGUGCUGGGGGGGAAGUGCCAAAGAAUAAUUCCCUGUCUGACCUCUGUGCUGACUCCUCCAUCACAUUUACCCCCCUAUAACUGCACAGCUCCCGGCACCCGUGGGCUGCAGUGCUGAGAAACCUCAACUUCAGAGCGCCACUACUGAGACUGAAUCAAUACUCAGCCUUUUCCAAACCCAGGCACUGCAGCUCGAGUCCGGCUUGUGGCGUUUGUGAAUGGCACGGACAGACCACAGGCUCUUCUCUGCCCUGAGCUCAGUGCCAGAGGCGUUGUUGGAUGAGGGGAAUGGAAGGGGGAUUCCAAGUGAUGCGGGGAGCUGGCUGAAAAACAGCCGACCUGCUCAAAACGGCCUCAAACCCGGCUGGGGAAGGAGGUUCGUCCUCAGCGCUGCCGCCCGCUCUGCCUCUGUGCUGCAUUUCUGCUUUAGGCUGAGCUUUUCUGUUCUGAUCCCCCCAGCUGACAGACUGAGCUCCUUCCUGGGCAGCGUUAUCCCCUGGCAGCGCAGGUACAGCACGGCGGCUCAGCCUCUGCCGUAGUAAAAGCUGCCAAUCACUGCUGGGGAUGUGGAGGUGAGGGAAGCCGGGCAAAGGGAGGGGAAAAGAGGGGUACGGCAAAACCCUGUAACAAAGUUUCUGAAAUAAAACCCUUCUAAAACA